UCGUAUAAAAACGAACGCGAGCUCUACGUAGUUAUCAGUCUCAGUUUUGAACUGGAGAGGAUACAAACUCAGGCACAAUGUUCGCUAAAUUGUUCGCCCUCCUCGCUCUGGCCGCGGUAGCGUUGUGCCGCGAGUACCCGGCCGGAGUGCAUCCCGCAGUGUGCCCCAACUACCCCUACUGUGACACUACCGCCUUCGCCCGCCAUACGCCCGACGGCCAGCCCAUCCCUGAAUGGGUGUACAACCCUAGCAUCCUGCCGGUUGCCCCUGUGGACCCCGCCCACAACGCCGCUCCCCGCUACCCGGCCGAUUUCCCCGCUGCUCUAUGCCCCAACUACCCCUACUGCUGGUGAACAACAAAAAAAAAACGCGCGUCCCUCCGGAUUUGAAAAAAAAAGAAACAUUCGCUAAUGCCAGACCUUUCCCGCCUUUUCA